AUGGUCACGGUCACUCAUGGUCAUGGGUAUCAGAGGUUCAUGGUCAUAGUCAUGGUUGUGAGGUUCAUGGUCAUGGUCAUCGUGGUCAUGUGUGCAAAAGUUCAUGACCAUGGGGGUUUUUGGUGGCUGCACCUCGUGUGUUUUCGUAAACUGUAUGAUAGGGGAUUUAUUUGUGGAAAAAUUCACCUUUUUUGCUUUGUUUCGGACCAGAACCUGUGCGACCUCCGUGGCUGCUGCUGGAGCCCCCAGGAUGACACCAGCGUGCCCUGGUGCUACUUCUCCUCCAACCACGGCUACCAAACGGGGGGGCAACUGCAGUCGACUCCACAGGGGUUCCAAGUUUUGUUGAACCGGCUCUCCGCACCGUCACUUUUUGGGAACGACAUCGACACCGUGCUCCUCACGGGAGAAUAUCAGACACAAAAUCGCUUUCACUUCAAGAUCACUGACCCCAAAAACAAAAGGUUUGAAGUCCCCCAUGAGCACGUGGUGCCCUUCACCGGAUCGGCGGCCUCCGAUUUAAAAUACAAAGUCGAUGUCGAGAACAAUCCCUUUAGCAUCAGGGUGACCCGAGUAAGCAACGGAAAAGUCCUGUUCAACACCUCCAUCGGCCCGCUGGUGUACGCCGACCAAUUCUUGCAGCUCUCCACGAAACUCCCCAGCAGCAACGUCUACGGCGUGGGCGAGCACGUGCACAAGCAAUUCCAGCACGAUGUCAACUGGAAAACCUGGCCCAUGUUCAGCCGGGACUCUGCCCCUUCGGGAAACAUGGAUAACUUAUACGGCGUCCAGACUUUCUUCUUGUGUUUGGAAGACACGAGUGGAGCCUCUUUUGGUGUUUUCUUGAUGAACAGCAAUGCCAUGGAGUUCGCCCUACAACCGGCGCCAGCAGUCACUUACAGAACAAUUGGCGGAAUUCUAGAUUUUUAUGUCUUCUUAGGUGACACUCCCGAGCAAGUGGUGCAGGAGUACGUGAAGCUGGUCGGAAUGCCGGCGUUGCCUUCCUAUUGGGCUCUGGGUUUUCAGCUCAGUCGCUACGAUUACGGGUCUCUGGACGAGGUGAAGGCGGUUGUGGAGCGGAACGUAGCAGUUGAUCUCCCUUUCGACGUUCAAUACACAGACAUUGAUUACAUGGAAGCAAGGAAAGAUUUUACUUACGACCAAGAGAAAUUCGCAGAGCUCCCUAAGUUUCGAAAUUAUCUGCAAGGCUAUAAUAAAAAAUAUGUUCUCAUACUGGAUCCAGCUAUUAGCACUGAGCCUCUUAAAAACGGUUCGGACUACCCAGCCUAUCAGAGGGGAGAAAGCAGUAAAGUUUGGAUUAACGGAUCUGAUGGUGCUCCCUUAGUUGGCGAGGUGUGGCCAGGCAAAACCGUCUUCCCAGAUUUCACCAGUCCCACCUGCACCAGCUGGUGGGUGUCAGAAUGUCAGAUGUUUCACAGCAAAGUGCCAUAUGAUGGACUCUGGAUUGAUAUGAACGAAGUAGCCAGCUUUGUUCACGGCUCAAGUAAGGGUUGUGAGCAGAACGAAUUAAACUACCCACCUUACACGCCCCAAAUUCUUGACCGAGUCCUGUAUUCCAAGACGCUCUGCAUGGAUGCAGUGCAGAACUGGGGGAAACAAUACGAUGUCCACAACCUUUUUGGAUACUCCAUGACUCUGUCAACACAAGAAGCCAUCAAAGCCAUAUUUCCUGGGAAACGAAGCUUCCUUCUUUCAAGGUCUACUUUUGCGGGGUCUGGGAAGUACGCGGGGCACUGGCUGGGAGACAACGCCGCCACGUGGGAUCAGCUCAAAUGGGCGAUUCCCGGAAUGCUGGAAUUCGGGCUCUUUGGAAUCCCUUAUAUUGGAGCAGAUAUUUGUGGUUUCUUCGAUGACGUCUCUGAAGAACUUUGCCGGCGAUGGAUGCAAGUAGGAGCAUUUUACCCAUUUUCCAGGAAUCACAAUACAGAACUACGCCAACCCCAGGACCCUGCCUACUUUGGGGCAGAUUCGAUUUUGGUGAAAACCUCAAAGCACUACUUGAACAUCCGCUACACGCUGCUGCCCUACCUGUACACGCUCUUCUACAAAGCUCACACCCAAGGAGACACGGUGGCACGGCCGGUUUUGCACGAGUUUUAUUCUGAUGAAGCAACGUGGAGCGUGGACAGGCAGUUCCUGUGGGGUCCUGGCCUGCUCAUUAGCCCCGUACUUGACCAAGGGGUGGACACAAUUGAAGCGUAUAUUCCUGAUGCUGUCUGGUACGAUUAUGAAACGGGCACAAAAUUGUCCGUCAGGAAGCAGAAAAUGCCGCUCUACUUGCCCGCAGACAAGAUGGGGCUUCACCUGCGUGGGGGCUACGUUUAUCCUACCCAGCAGCCAGCGACCAACACCGUUGAGAGCCGUAAGAAUCCUAUGGGACUGAUCAUUGCGCUGGAUGACAACAACGAAGCCACUGGGGAGUUGUUCUGGGAUGAUGGAGAAUCUGCGCCUUCCGAUGGCAAUAGAAACUACAUUUUCUAUGAGUUCAAAGUUUCCAAUAACACGCUGCAAAUGAACGUCAUAAACAACAAUUACUCCGACCCGAAUAACCUGAAGUUCCAAGAAAUCAAAAUUUUGGGAUUGCAGCAGGAACUGAUGACAGUCACGGUGCUGCAGGGAAAUGCUGUGCAAGUUUCUUCUCAUAACAUCACCUAUAAUCCUACAGACAAGUUUGCUGUUAUAAGCGGGCUCCAGCUUGAUUUGGGCAAAUCGUACUCCUUAACGUGGACUCUAGGAACCCGUGACACCGAAAAAUUCGAUUGUUAUCCCAGCGCAGGGGCCUCCAAGGAACUCUGCGAACAACGCGGCUGCAUCUGGGCUGAAGAUACCUCCAGUUCGAACGUUCCCUACUGCUUUUACGGCUCUGACAACAGUUAUUCCGUCUCCGGUGUCCAAUACACGGCGUCGGGGCUGGUGGCCAACCUCACCUACACCAACACCAUGGCCAGGGCUUUCGGGAGGUCCACGUCGCCCAUCAGCACCCUUCGCCUGGAGGUGAUAUACCACAGCAACGACAUGCUCCAGUUUAAGAUUUAUGAUUACGCAAAUAAAAGGUACGAGGUGCCGGUCCCGCUGAACCUCCCCAGCACCCCCACGAGCACGAUCGAGCAGCGACUCUACGACGUCACGGUGCAGACAAAGCCAUUUGGGAUCCAGGUCCGACGCAGGAGCACGGGGACAGUUAGCUGGGAUUCGCAGCUGCCCACGUUCACGUUCAGCGACAUGUUCAUCCAAAUUUCGACCCGCCUGGCCUCCCAGUACGUGUACGGCUUCGGCGAAACCGAGCACGCCACGUACCGCCAGGACUUGAACUGGCACACGUGGGGGAUGUUCACCAGGGACCAGCCUCCUGGCUACAAGUUGAAUUCCUACGGUUUCCAGCCAUUCUACAUGGGUCUUGAAGAAGACGGCAACGCCCAUGGAGUUCUCCUGCUCAACAGCAACGGAAUGGACGUGACGUUCCAGCCCACGCCAGCUCUGACGUAUCGCACAAUUGGGGGAAUUCUGGACUUUUACAUGGUUUUGGGUCCAACACCGGAGAGCGUUGUUCAGGAAUACACCGCGCUGAUCGGGCGACCAGUAUUGCCACCCUACUGGGCCCUGGGAUUCCAGUUGUGCCGCUAUGGAUAUGCAGAUGACAAAGAAGUUGCCCAAUUAGUGGAAGACAUGAAGGCAGCCGGAAUACCUUAUGAUGUCCAGUACACAGAUAUUGAUUAUAUGGAGCGGCAGCUGGACUUCACGCUUAGCCCGGAAUUUGCUGGAUUACCAGAUUUAGUUAAUAAAAUAAGAGAAGAAGGAAUGAGGUUUAUCAUAAUCCUGGAUCCAGCCAUAUCUGGAAAUGAAACCGAUUACCCCGCCUUCGACAGAGGCGUGCAGGAUGAUGUCUUCAUAAAGUGGCCCAAUUCCAACGAAAUCAUCUAUGGAAAGGUCUGGCCGGAUUAUCCCAACGUGACAGUUAAUAACUCACUGGAUUGGGAUACCCAGGUGGAACUCUACCGAGCCUACACCGCUUUUCCAGACUUUUUCCGCAAUUCCACGGCUGAAUGGUGGGCGAGGGAAAUCAUGGAAGUCUACGACAAUCCCCGCGAUCCAUCGCUGAGCUUGAAAUUUGACGGCAUAUGGAUCGACAUGAAUGAACCAUCCAGCUUUGUUCACGGGGCCGUUUGGGGCUGUAGAGACAACGAGCUCAACAACCCGCCCUACGUGCCCAGUUUGGGGUGGAGGGAACAGGGGCUGGCCUACAAGACGCUGUGCAUGGAAGGCGAGCAGCAGCUCCCCGACGGGACCCUCGUCCGUCACUACGACGUCCACAACCUCUACGGGUGGUCCCAAACCAAGCCCACCUUUGACAUCUUGAGGAACAUCACCAAGGAGCGGGGCAUCGUCGUCACCCGCUCGACGUACCCCAGCAGCGGGAGGUGGUCGGGGCAUUGGUUGGGGGACAACACCGCCGCCUGGAACCAGCUGGAGAAGUCAAUUAUCGGCAUGAUGGAGUUCAGUCUCUUCGGAAUAUCCUAUACAGGAGCGGAUAUCUGCGGCUUCUUCUCGGACUCGGAGUACGAGCUGUGCCUGCGCUGGAUGCAGCUGGGAGCCUUUUACCCCUACUCCAGGAACCACAACGGGGAGGGCAGCAAGAGGCAAGAUCCUGUUGCCUGGAAUACCACCUUUGAGGAGAUUUCCCGGCACGUGCUGAACAUCCGCUACAGCCUCCUGCCCUACCUCUACACGCUGAUGUACCAAGCCAACGCGCACGGCAGCACCGUGGUCCGGCCCCUGCUCCACGAGUUUGUGGAAGACAGGACAACAUGGGACAUACAGAAACAAUUUCUGUGGGGCCCAGCACUGCUCAUCAGCCCCGUGCUGGAACAGGGUGCUGUAACGGUGAAUGCUUACUUCCCAAAUGCCACCUGGUAUGAUUACCACACAGAUGAAUAUUUUAGCUCUAAGGGAGAAUUCAGAAAUUUACCCGCUCCUCUCGAACACAUCAACCUCCACAUCCGUGGCGGCCACGUCCUCGUCCAGCAGGACCCUGCCAACACCACCGCUUACAGCCGAAAAAACGAGUUGUCACUUAUUGUUGCUCUGAAUGACAGUCAGCUCGCAGAAGGUCAACUUUAUUGGGACGACGGGGUGCGCAUUGAUGCGUAUGAGGAUGGAGUCUACCUGCUGACCUCAUUUACUGCUCGUCAGAACACCUUAGAGAUAAAGGUUUUGCACCGGGGCUACUCCGACCCGAAUAAUUUGAAAUUUACCACGGUGAAAACUUUGGGGCAGAAGACCACCGUGACGCGGCUGGCGGUUUUGGAGAAUGGCAUCGAAAUCCCAUCCGCACACGCGCUGUCCUACAACGCCACGACGCAGGUCCUUUUAACCACCCAGCUGGAACUGGAAUUAGGCAAAGCCUACACUUUGCAGUGGAGCUAAAACCUGCAGCCAUCCCGGGUGGCGAAGCUGAGCCAAAAUUCCCCACGUUCGCGAAUUUUUCCCUUUUCCUCCUUAAAACACUUUGCACUAUUAAAAUUUAUUAGUUAUAA